AGAUGUGGGGCAGAUGUGGGGCAGAUGUGGGGCUGUGUGCUGAGCGCUGACCCGCUGCGCCCCACAGGAGGAACAAAGUGCUGAACCACUUCAGCAUCAUGCAGCAGCGGCGGCUGCGGGACCACGGCGACGAGGAGGAGGAGGAGAAGGAGAAGAAGGCCCGCAAGGGCGGCGAGCUGCGCAUCCACGACCUGGAGGACGACCUGGAGCUCAGCUCCGACGGCAGCGACGGCAGCGACCCCGACGGCGAGAAGCCGCCCCGCUCGCGCUCCAAGCCCCCCCCGGGGCAGAAGAGGAAGAGGAAGAGGAAGAAGAAGGGCUCCGACGCCGACGAGGCGUUCGAGGACAGCGACGACGGCGACUUCGAGGGCCAGGAGGUCGACUACAUGUCCGACGGCUCCAGGUCGCCGGGGGGGGGACCUGGGGGGGCCGCGGG